AUGGCGACCAUUGCAGCUUUCCAUGCUAGGUUCAUGGAUAUGGGUAUCCACAUAGAUGAAAUGACGAGGGCUGGGGUUCCAACGGCUCCCAAACAAGUUCCAUGGGCAGCGCUUGCUGGUGACAGCUUCCAACCAUGUUUGCUGGUCACCUUCAGUGCAGCUCCAAAGGAACAGAAAAUUAGCUUCCAGUGCCGGUUGAAGCGAUCAAUCGUCACGGCCAAGGGAAAACGCGCAGCACUCAGUGCCAAUCUUGAGCUUAUGGUGGCUUUCCUCGGCAAACCCUCCGGGGUUGCUGCGUCCAAUCCUGCUGUGGCUCGUGAUGUUUCAGCUGCGCCCCGUAGCAUUAUAGAUAUGCUGCGGCAAUCGCAACAUGAGGCUCGUGAUGCCCCUGGUCAUUAG